GCGCUCCGCACUAUCCGCUAAGAAUUCGCAAUCGACCGACGUCUUGGUUGUCGGAGCUGGUAAUGAUUUGACUUCUGCUAAAUGAACCCGUGCACUAGCGCAGUACUGAGUCUAUCGCAGUGGCGUGCGAUCGCGGCCCCGCGGACCGAGAGCGAGCAGUGAGUUCGGUGCAGUGUCGAGUGGCAUGGAGCGGCAGCGCUGGGCGGAGCAGCGCUCGGAGCGGCGCGAGCAGCGCACGGAGCAGCGCACGGAGCAGCGCUUCACGCAGACGCUCACGCAGCAAGUGGAGAGCUCGGUUGGAGCUCUACCGAUCGCCUCCGGUCGACCCGGAGACCCUUCCCCGCCGAUAUUUGAGCAGAUCUUCAAGAAUGCGAGGUUUGCGCAGGGCGGGAAUGCCAAGUUCGAGGGCAAGUUGCGGGGCAACCCCACUCCCACGGUGUCGUGGACCAGGAAGAAGGCUCCACUGGUGGAGUGCAACAAGUACAGCAUGAGCUACGACGAGCGCACGGGCGACGUGUCGCUGCUCAUCAAGCAGAUCGGGCCCGGCGACGAGGGCGAGUACACGUGCACAGCGCGCAACCAGUACGGCGAGGCCAUCUGCUCCGUGUACAUCCAGCCCGAGGGCGCGCCGCAGCAGCAGCAGCAGCAGCAGCACAGCUACCGCCACGUCAGCGAGAGCGUGCAGCACAAGUCCUACGGUACCCAGGGCUACAGCGCGGAGCAGUCGCGCCAGAAGUACGCAUACACCAACGGCACCUCAGACUUCGCCUCCACAGAAGACUUCAAAGUGGACACCUUCGAAUACAGACUGCUGAGAGAAGUAUCCUUCAGAGAAACCAUUACCAGGAGAUAUAUAGGAGAGACAGACAUUCAAAUUAACACAGAAAUCGACACAACGUUAGGGCCAGUAUCUCCUCCGAAAAUUGCACAGAAACCGCGGAACUCUAAACUGCAGGAGGGUGCCGAUGCUCAAUUCCAAGUCCAACUGUCAGGAAACCCUAGGCCGCGUGUCACGUGGUUUAAAAACGGCCAGAGGAUAAUCAACUCGAACAAACAUAACAUCAUAACUUCUAAUAAUCAAACCAUCCUUAGGAUAAGAAGCACGCAAUCCUCUGACAGCGGGCACUACACACUCCUGGCCGAGAACCCCAACGGCUGCAUCGUCACAUCCGCGUACCUGGCCGUCGAAUCUCCUCAGGAAACAUACGCACAAGACCAAAGGUCCCAGCUCACAAUCGACACGCAACAAGUACAGACUGAAAAAGUAGAAAUAGAAGAAAAAGCUCUCGCUCCGCAGUUCGUGAAGGCCUGCCAAGACCGAGAUGUCACGGAAGGCAAGAUGACGCGAUUCGAUUGCCGCGUCACCGGCAGGCCUUACCCUGAAGUCACGUGGUUCAUAAACGAUAGACAAAUCCGAGACGAUUAUAAUCAUAAGAUAUUAGUAAACGAAUCAGGUAAUCAUGCACUUAUGAUUACAAACGUCGAUCUCAGUGAUAGUGGUGUAGUGACGUGUGUAGCGCGAAACAAAAGUGGUGAAGCGUCAUUCCAGUGUAGACUGAACGUCAUAGAGAAGGAGCAAGUCGUGGCGCCGAAGUUCGUAGAGCGGUUCAGCACGUUGAACGUGCGCGAAGGCGAGCCGGUGCAACUGAACGCGCGCGCCGUGGGCACGCCUACACCACGCAUCACCUGGCAGAAGGACGGAGUUCCGAUCGUUCCCAGCGCGGAGCUGCGGAUCGGUACCGAAGGUGGGGCCUCGACAUUAGAUAUUCCCAGAGCCAAGGCGUCGGACGCGGCAUGGUAUCAGUGUACCGCGCAGAAUGUCGCGGGCUCCACAGCCACUCGGGCGAGGCUCUACGUGGAGGUUCCCAAGGAGCCCCCGCCCGAGCAGAAACGGCUGCACUUGCCACGGCCUACGAAAAUAAUUGAACCAGAACCCGCUCCUGGUCCAGAAAUUAUAUACUUAAGGCACGUGGAAAGGGCAAGACCGUUUGUUCCUCCAGGAGAGGAAGAUCGAGUAUAUCCACCACCACAGUUCAUCGUUCCACUGAAGAGUGUAUCGCAAAUGGAAGGUGGUAAAAUACAUUUUGAAACAAGAAUAGAACCAGUUGGCGACCCGUCUAUGAGGAUCGAAUGGUUGAAAAACGGACAGAGUAUAGAAGCCAGUUCCAGGUUUACUUCUGUGUUCCGAUUUGGAUACCUAUCUCUAGACAUGCUCAGUCUGAAUUUCGAAGACAGCGGAGAAUAUACCUGCCGGGCCAUCAGCGCAACGGGUAUGGCCGAAACUAAGGCGGUGUUGCAAGUGACGCCGAGGGCAACGAUCGAGAGGACCAGCCAGCACCCGCAGAGCUUGCAGUACAUUCAGCAGCUGGAGGACUACUCCAAGUAUCAGCACCAGGAGUCGAUCGAAGAGCAAACGUCACAGAAGCCGCAGUUCAUAAGGCCUUUGCAAGACCUCGGCGAACUGCAGGAGGGACGGAAUGCGCAUUUCGAAGCGCAGCUGACUCCCGUCAGCGAUCCCACUAUGAGAGUAGAAUGGUACAAAGAUGGCAAACCGAUCACGGCGAGCUCGCGAAUCACAGCAAUCUUCAACUUCGGCUACGUCUCCCUUAACAUCAUGCACCUACGGGCUGAAGAUGCAGGUUCGUACACAGUGAGAGCCGUGAACAGACUCGGCGAAGCCAUCAGCACCGCUGCGAUCAGAGUGGCGCUCCGAAGCACCGUCACCUCAGACCUCGGCAUACCGGAACAACGGAGGUAUAUCGAAAAAACUGAGCAACUGGAAGCCUAUCAACAGCAACAACACCAGAAAUACUACCAAGAAGCACCAGAAAGUACACAGAGACCAGAAUUCAAAACACCUAUAAAGGAUCAAAUAAAUGUUAAAGAGGGUGGAUUCGCUCACUUCGAAGCCCGCCUCGAACCCGUCGGUGAUUCGACUCUGAGAGUGGAAUGGCUAAAGGACGGCCGUCCGGUCGAGGCGAGUUCCAGAAUCACUACGUUCUUCAACUUCGGCUACGUAGCGUUGACUAUCAAAUCGGUGACGAUCCACGACGCCGGCCACUACACGUGCCGCGCAUACAACGCCUUGGGACAGGCGACCACAAGUGCCAAUCUCACAAUCAUCACGAAGAAAGACAUAAUAGCAGAGUCGCAACAUCCAGGUGGUCUAGAAAGGAUUCAAUAUUUAGAGGAUUCGAGCAAAUACACAAGACGAGCGGAGGAAGAAGUUCGGGUCACACAGAAGCCCAGAUUCCUCGGUCCGUUGAAAGGUACAAAUAAGAUCGUGGAAGGGCAGAGCGCUCAUUUCGAAGCGAGAGUUGAGCCGCAGAGCGAUCUGACGUUGACGACGGAAUGGUACUUCAACGGGAAGCAAAUAAAGUCGGCCAACAGGAUACAGACGUACCACGACUUCGGCUACGUGGCGCUGGACAUCGCCAAUGUGCGCGCGGAGGACGCGGGCGCCUACACCGUGCUGGUACGCAACGCGGCCGGCGAAGCGCAGCAGAGCGCUUCCAUGAUCGUCGAGACACGGUCGAGCAUUGAUACUUCAAGCAUUCAUCGAGGUUUAUACGAAAAAACACGCCAAAUGGAAGAAUCCAAAUUCAUUGAACCGAUGUACCACAUUGAGGAGAUUUCAAAGUCUAAACCCGUUUUCGUACAACCGCUGUCGGAUCCACCUUCAGUAUCGGAGGGCAAAAACAUUCACCUGGAGUGUCGCCUGGAACCCAUGGGCGAUCCGACUAUGCGAGUAGAGUGGUUCCACAACGGCAGAGCCGUCACCGUCGGAUCCCGGUUUAGGACUUAUUACGACUUUGGUUUCGUGGCACUGGAUAUUAUUCACGCGACUUCAGUGGACUCUGGAGAGUACACCGUACGCGCUGUUAACCACUUGGGCUCGGCGCACACGUCCGCCAUGGUGCGCGUCAUUGAGCGCUCUGACGUGGUAACAGAUACACAGAACGAACAAGCAGUAGAACAAAUCCAAAUUUUAGAAGACGCCGCGCGCCGAGGCCGCCAGGUACAGGAAGAUAUAACCGUCAUGCGAGCUCCUCACUUCUCACGAGCUUUGCACAAUAUUGAAACGGUGGAAGGCACGAAUGUCCACCUAGAGUGCCGCCUGCAACCAGUCGGCGACCCAACUAUGAAGGUAGAUUGGUUCUGCAACGGUAGACCUAUCAAAACUGGACACAGAUUCCGACCAGCGUACGAAUUCGAUUACGUCGCUCUAGAUCUUCUGAGCGUAUACCCCGAAGACUCCGGAGUGUACACUUGCCAGGCGACCAACCAGCUGGGAGAAGCUGUGACUUCGUGUGCGCUACGAGUGGUAGCUAAGAAAGAUCUGAUCUUCGACUCGCAACAUCCCGGUGGAUUGGAAAAAAUACAAUAUCUAGAAGACGCGUCUCGCUACAAAAAGUCGGACGUGAUCGAUGAGUCAGUUCACAUCAAACCGCGAUUCAUAACGAAACCAAAAUCUAUCGACAACGUAAAGGAAGGUCAACACGUCCAUUUCGAAUGCAAACUCGAGCCAGUGACUGACUCCAACCUUAAAGUUGAGUGGUUUAAAAACGGGCAACCGGUCACUAUCGGUCACCGAUUCAGGCCGAUUCACGACUUCGGUUACGUAGCCCUCGACAUCAUUGAUCUCAUCGCCGAGGACUCGGGCGUGUACACAUGCCGCGCGGUUAACCAGCUCGGCACCGACGAAGUGAGCUGCCGACUAUCUUGCCGGGAAACAGCAGAUAUCAUUCGCGCUACGCAAAACGAAGCCGGCUUGGAGCAAAUUCAAGUCUUGGAAGACAGAUCGAAGUACUAUAGAAGCGACGCAUUAGAAGAAUUGACCACGCAAGCGCCGAUAUUUACGACAUCACUGAAAAAUGUGGAAAUUAAAGAAGGGCAACGCGCUCACUUCGAAUGUAGACUGAUUCCAGUCUCCGACGCGACCAUGAAAGUGGAAUGGUAUCACAACAAUAAACCUCUGAAGAGCGGAUCGAGAUUCACGGAAACGAACAACUUCGGGUUCGUCGCGCUCGACAUAAUGGCGUGCUUGCCCGAAGACUCUGGCACUUACACGUGCAGAGCGAUCAACGCUCUGGGCGAGGCGGUCACGUCCGGUACUGCAGUGGUGCAUUCCAAGAAGUCUAUUUACCUAGAGUCGCAGCACGAGGGAGCACUGUCGAGACUGACUCAGUUGGAGGAUUCGUCAAGAUAUCAGAGACAUGCAGUUCAAGACGAGACAGUCACCCAAGCUCCUGUAUUCACUAAUCCGAUGAAAGACUUGAGGGUGGCCGAAAACCAAGCGGCACACUUUGAGACGAGACUCAUUCCCGUCGGCGAUCCCAAGCUGAAGGUGGAAUGGUUGCGAAACGGAGUUCCGAUAGAAGCUUCUAAUCGCAUCACCACAAUGCACGACUUCGGCUACGUGGCCCUCAACAUGAAGUAUGUGAACCCCGCCGACUCCGGCACUUACACCUGCCGCGCCACCAACGAGCUCGGGGAAGCAGUCACUUCCUCCACCCUGUUUGUGCAAUCUAAAGCAUCACUCGAUCUACAAUCGCAACACGAGGCCGCCCUGCAAAAGAUUCAGCAACUGGAGGACACUUCCCGCUACCAGAGGAAGGAAGACGUGGAGGUGGAUGUGAACCAGGCGCCUCGCUUCAUCACCCAGUUGAAUGGACCCACGAAGUUAGUGGAGGGACAAAGCGCACACUACGAGUGUCGUAUCGAACCCUACCCCGACCCGAACAUGCGGGUAGAAUGGUACUUUAACGGCAAAGUCUUGCAAAGCGGACAUCGCUACCGCACGGCCUUCGACUUCGGGUUCGCAGCUCUGGACAUCCUUACAGUGUACGGGGAAGACUCCGGUGAAUACACGUGCAAAGUUAUCAACAACUUAGGACAGGCGAUUUCGUCUAUCAAAUUAAACGUACAAUCUAAGGAAUCAAUCAUCAGGGACACGCAGCACGAAAGUGCAUUGGAGAAAAUUCAGUAUCUCGAGGACGACAGCAAAUACAGGCGAGUCGUACGAGACGAAGGCUUCGUCGCCGAGAAACCACAGUUUGGCAAGCCUCUGAAGAACGCACACGUGGCAGAGGGCCAGGCGGUGCACCUUGAAGCUACGCUCACUCCGGUCAACGACCCCACCAUGCGCGUCGAGUGGUACUGCAAUGGCAGGCCAAUACAACAGGGGCACAGAUUCAAGACCACAUACGACUUCGGCUACGUAGCUCUUGAUGUGCUGUAUGCCUACAGUGAAGACUCCGGCACAUAUAUGUGUAAGGCGACCAAUGCCGUUGGAGAAGCCAUUACGACCAGCUCUGUCAAUGUAGAUGCUAAAGCGUCGCUGUACCUCGACACCAUGGAUGAGCAGCGCUUGAGGAAGAUCAAGGAAUUGGAGCAGUACGAGAGACCCAAAGCAGUGGAACAGGAAGUCCCUGGUCAACGACCUGUGUUCUUGACCGCCCUAACCAGUUUGGAAAACCUGAAGGAAGGUGACCGCGCUCACUUCGAAUGCAGAGUCGAGCCUAUCAACGACCCUGACCUCAAGAUCGAAUGGUUCCUCAACGGGCAGAAGAUCAAGACGGGCCACAGAUUCAGAACGACGCACGACUUCGGUUAUGUAGCUCUCGACAUACUGUACAGCUACGGGGAAGACUCCGGGACCUAUAUGUGCAAGGCCACGAACAAGCUUGGCGAAGCAGUUAACACUUGCACGCUCAAAGUUGCAAGCCACCGAAGCAUAAUAUUAGACACACAACACCCGAAUGGACUCGAAAAAAUAAAGCAGUUGGAGGCUCAAGGGCACCCCGCGAGGAUGGAGGUAGAAGAGCCCAAGAUCUCUCCGCCGCGCUUUGUGGCGGAGCUGCGCGGCACGAGCCACGUAUUCGAGGGGCAGAGCGCCCACUUUGAGUGCCAAGUGGAGCCCGUGCACGACCCCAACCUGCGCAUCGAGUUCUACCACAACGGUGUUGCCUUGCCGUCCGCGGCGCGGUUCCAUAUCACUUUUGACUUUGGUUACGUGUCACUGGACAUCCAGCACUGCGUGCCGGAAGACGCUGGCGAGUACUCCGUCCGAGCCGUCAACGCGCUCGGCCAGUGCACCUCCGCCGUGUCCAUGACGGUAACCGCAAAAGGCAGUAUCAUAUCGGAAUCUCAGCGCCCCCAGGGACUCGAAAAGAUUCGAGAGCUGGAGUCCGCGGAGCCUUUCAAGCGUCCGGAGAUACCAGAGCCGGUCACCAGGCAAAGACCGGUCUUCACGCAGCCGCUGCAGAACAUCGACGACAUCCAGGAAGGGCAGACGGCCCACUUCGACUGCCGACUCAUCCCCGUCGGUGACCCCACGCUCAAAGUGGAGUGGUUCAGAAACGAGAAGCUCAUUGAGGACAGCUCGCGCAUCACAAAGACGCACGACUUCGGCUACGUGUCCAUGGCCAUCGCGCACGUGCGCGACGAGGACCAGGGCGUAUACAUGUGCCGCGCGUCCAACCUUCUCGGCGAGGCGGUCACCACGGCUGCCAUGCGGAUCAGAACUAAAGCAGCCAUUCAGACGGACACUCAGCAUCCGGAGGGCAUGAAGAAAAUCCAACAACUGGAGCAGCCCCUGCAGAGGAAACCUGACGAACCGGAGCGAGAAUUCGAGAAACCCAUUUUCACUCAAGUGCUGACUGGACCGUCGGAACUGUGGGAGGGGCAGCACGCUCACUACGAGGCGCGCGUGGUUCCUGUUGGAGAUCCUAGCUUACGAUUUGAAUGGUACAUCAAUGGAGUUGAACUCAAGAUGGGUUCACGCUUCCGCACCACACACGACUUUGGUUUCGUCACGUUAGACAUCAACUCGGUUGUACAAGGGGACGCCGGUCUAUACAUGUGCAAAGCCAUCAAUAAAGCAGGAAGCACAGUUUCGUCCACGUCUCUUAAAGUGAAAACAAAAUCCACAAUCAUCGAUGAAGCCAUGAGACCAGAGGCGUGGGAGCAGAUCCAACUUAAAGAAGCCGCGAUGAACAAAGUUCCACAAAUGUUUUCGGAACCGGGAGUUCAACAAGCCCCUAUAUUCACAACGCAUCUUCAGAGCUACGACAAGUUAGUUGAAGGGCAGCACGUCCACUUGGAGGCCCAAGUUGAGCCUCGUACCGAUCCUAACUUGAAAGUAGAGUGGUACAAGAAUGGAGUGUCACUCACUACUGGAUCAAGACUGAAGAGCACUUUUGACUUUGGCUUGGUUACACUUUCAAUUAAUUCAGUGCGAUGGGACGACUCGGGUAUCUACACUUGUAAAGCUACUAAUUUGAUCGGAGAAGCGGUCUCCACUGCAUCGAUCAAGAUAGAGGACCGUCAUUGGCUCCUCGGUGAUACCCUUCAUCCCGAAUCUUUGGACCGCAUUGGCGCAUUGGAGCAACCCAAGCCCGGUAAGCCAGAUGCACCUGAACCAGUUUACGAGACGCCUGUAUUUAUCUCGCACCUGAAUAACAUAAUAUGCAAAGAAGGCGACAACGUUCACUUUGAAUGUAACGUUGAGCCCUCCAGGGAUCCUACGCUAAAGAUCGAAUGGUUCUUCAACAACAAAGCUUUGCCAUCGGGAACUAGAUACAAGGGUACGCACGACUUCAGCUAUGUGUCUUUAGACAUUACCCACACGUAUGAGGAAGACUCCGGUAUUUACACUUGUAAAGCUACAAACAGUAAAGGCUCAGCGACAACAUCCGGCACACUGAGAUGUACUGGAGAUAAGCACAUCUAUCUCGAUACGCAACAUCCUCAAGGCAAAGCUGGAUUAGAUGCUGUAGAACAAGCAGAAGAAGCCAGGCUCGCUAAGGGACGGAGGCCCUCCGUUCCAGAUGCGGAGUAUCCUAAACCGGAAUGGAUAGUACCGGUUGCUCCUGAACACCAAUUAGUCGAAGGUCAAGCCCUGCACCUUGAGGGUCAAGUCGAGCCGAAGAACGAUCCUGAUUUGAAGAUCGAAUGGUUUUUCAAUGGCAAAGUUUUGGAACAAGGAUCACGGUUUAAAAUUCGAAGCGAUUUUGGCUUUGUUACAUUAGAUUUGAUCGAUGUAUACGAACGAGAUAGUGGCAUAUAUACGUGCAAAGCUUGGAACAAGAGAGGAGAAGCAUUCACUUCUUCGACGGUGUACUGCUCUAGUAAGGAAAACCUCAUCGAAAGAACUCAACAUCCAAAGGGUAAAGAAGGAUUGGAGAAGAUACAAAAUCUAGAAGAGUCUCUCCGCAAAGAGCCCGGUCAACAAGCCGAUGACGGUACAGGAAGACCACCAGAGUUCGUAACAGUAUUCGAAGACAUUACUGAAAUAAGUGAAGGCCAAAUUGCUCACUAUGAAGCGUCUUUGAUACCUACUGGUGACCAAUCGAUGGUCAUCGAGUGGUUCUACAAUGGUAAAGCCAUUGAAGCUAGUCAUCGUAUCCGUACUGUUUACGCUUUUGGUAUGGUAGUUCUUGAAAUUCUCGGAACCAAGACUACUGAUUCCGGAACGUAUUCGUGUCGGGCGACAAACAAGUGGGGUCAAGCAGAGAUAAGUGUCAAGCUUGGAUGUGUCGAUAGAAGCAAAGGACAAAAACCCAAAUUUACAACUCACAUUCAAAAUAUUGAGGGACUCAAAGACGGACAGUCGGCCCACUUCGAGUGUACUGUGAUUCCCGUAGACGAUCCGGAUCUAGUUAUCGAGUGGUACCACAAUGGUCAACUGAUGCGUCACUCCAACAGGAUCAAAACCAUAUCAGAUUUUGGAUUCGUGGUGCUCGAUAUAGCUUACACGCAGAAUCACGACACUGGAGAAUACGUUUGCCGAGCUUACAAUAAAUAUGGUGAAGAUUUUACGAAAGCUACUAUAUUCUGCUAUGGAAGAAGUGGAGUUUACUCGGACAGUUUGCAGCCAGAGUCGUUGGCUAAGAUUCGCGAGAUGGAGAGCCUGCAAGGAUUGCAAAAACAGGCUCCUGCGCCUGCUUCAGCGGAACCGCCUAGGUUCAUUACGCAGAUUCAAGAUGUCACUAAACUAGUCGAGGGGCAGAGCGCUCACUUCGAAGCCAGACUGGUGCCGGUAGAUGAUCCGGAGCUGAAGGUUGAGUGGUACUACAACGGCAAAAAGUUACCACACGGACAUAGAUAUCGAACGUUCCAUGACUUCGGUAUAGUCAUAUUAGACAUCCUAUACUGUUAUGAAGAAAAUUCAGGAGAGUAUGAAUGUGUGGCUACAAACAAAUUGGGCCGCGAUUCAACGAAGGCCACGCUGAAGUGUACAUCGAAGGAAAAUUUAAUUUUGGACUCGCAACUCCCGCGGGGCAUGGAAGGUGGGUUAGAAAAGCUGCAGACAUUGGAGGACUCUAUGGUUCGCAGAAAGGAUACUGAAGUUGAAGAACAACGUGGAAAGGCGCCCGUGUUCACUGUACCGUUGUCAAAUAUUGAUAACCUCAGAGAAGGCGAAAACGCACACUUCGAAGCACGACUGACACCGACAGACGAUCCCAACCUAAAGGUGGAAUGGUACUGGAAUGGAAAAUCUUUGAAAGCCGGUUCUAGGUUCAGAACUUUCUGCGACUUUGGGUUCGUCAUUUUGGAAAUUUCUCCUACUUAUCCAGAGGAUUCCGGUGAAUACUUGUGCAAGGCGUACAACAACUAUGGCGAAGCAGUUACGACUGCCUCAAUGAAAGUGCAAGGAAAGCGAAAUAUUAUCUUAGAUUCUCAGUUGCCAAAGGGUAUGGAAGGUACAAUCGAUAAGAUUGCCGCCUUGGAGGGCUACUCAGGCACUGCGGACAAUCUGACGCCUGAAGCUGAGAGCGGCAACCCACCGGAGUUCAUCACCACACCGUCUGACCUCAUCUUAUCAGAGAACUCGUCUGCACACUUCGAAUGUCGUCUCGUCCCGGUCAACGACUCUUCGAUGACGGUCGAGUGGUAUCACAAUGGAAAGCCACUGCUAACCGGCUCGAGAGUGAAGACGAUCAAUGAUUUCGGAUUCGUGAUUUUAGAGAUAGGCGGCGUAUACCAGCGAGACGCCGGACUCUAUACAUGCAAGGCUACCAACAAACACGGUGAGGCCACGGUGUCGUGUAAGCUUCAAGUCAAAGGAAGACAAGGUAUCAUUCUUGAGCCUCAGUUACCGUCUCAAUUCAAGUCGGGAACUGAAAGCAUUCAAAAGUUGGAGGAGACCCUCCACAAGCGCGAGGAAAUAACCAUCGAGGAUGAAAAACCGAAUCCUCCCAGGUUCACUGUGGAAAUCAAGGACAACGUGGACGUGGCCGAAGGCGGUCCAGUCCACUUCGACUGCCGCGUCGAGCCCGUCGGCGAUCCGACGAUGAGGAUCGACUGGUUCUGCAAUGGCAGACCGUUCGCUACGGGCUCACGCGUGCACACGCUGAACGACUUCGGCUUCAUCGCUCUUGACAUCGACUACGUGUACGCGCGCGACGCGGGCGAGUACACUUGCCGCGCCACCAACCGUUGGGGCUCAGCCACCACCACAGCCAAAGUGACGUGCAGCACCAAGCGGGACGUCGUGCUAGAGUCUCAGCUGCCGCACGGCAUGAGCGGCGAGAAGAUCAAGGAACUCGAACGCGGGCACGUUCGCGACGCUCCCAAGGACGAACCUCUCGUCAGCUCCCCGCCCAAGUUCAUCACGCAAAUCCAGUCUCACACCAUCGAAGAGUCGGAAUCUAUCAGAUUCGAGUGCCGAGUCGAGCCGAAGGAAGAUCCCAAACUACGCGUCGAGUGGUACAGGAACGGGAAGCUGCUGCCUUCCGGGCACAGGUUCCGAACUGUUUACGACAUGGGAUUCGUCUCUCUUGAUAUCCUGUACGUCUACGCCGAAGACUCCGGUGAAUACGUCUGCCGGGCAGUUAACGACUUCGGAGAAGAUUUCACCAAGGCGACCGUGUCUUGCAAACAAUUACCGGAUAUUAUUCUACAAAAUCAAGUACCUAAAGGCAUGAAGAAGUCUGAAGCCUUAACACAAAUGGAAGCCACAAUCAAGAAGUACACGUCCGAGGUGUUCCUGACGGAGGAUGACUUGUAUGACGUGGACAAGAAGCAGCCGCCGCGGUUCGUGACCCAGAUUCAGAGCCAGACCACGUUAGUGGAGAUGGAGACCACCAAGUUCGAGUGCCAGCUGGCGCCGGUGGGUGACCCCAACAUGAAGGUCGAGUGGUUCUUCAACGGGAAGCCAUUGUUACACAAAAACCGAUUCACACCCAUCUACGAUUUCGGCUACGUGGCGAUGAACUUCGGCUGGGUGUACCCGGAGGACAGCGGAGAGUACCUCUGCCGCGCCACGAACCUGUACGGGCAAGACGAGACUCGCGCCGUCAUCCAGACGGCGGGCAAGCCAGGCAUCGUGUACGAGUCGCAGCUGCCUAAGCACAUGAAGAGUAUCGAGCGCAUCCGCGAGAUGGAGGCCUCCUGGCAAGUGGCGCCAGAGCAAGCGGCGGAGGAGAGUAAGCCGCGCAGCGCGCCCGUGUUCGCGAGCAAGCCCGAGCCGUGCUCCGUGCCCGAGGGCGAAUGGGCGCGCUUCUGCUGCCGCGUCACCGGACACCCCAAGCCGCGCGUCAUGUGGCUCAUCAAUGACAACACCAUUGUCAAUGGCUCCAGAUACAAGCUCACCUACGACGGAAUGUAUCACCUGGACAUCCCGAAGACUAGACAGUACGACACCGGCAAGAUCGAGGUGAUCGCGCGCAGCUCGGCCGGCGAGGCCGUCGCCUCCACCGAGCUCCGCGUCGUCCCCCGGCACGACGAUUACAGAGGAGUACUCAAAAACGCGCCCCGCCCGUGGUACGACGAGACAACGCAAUUCCAACGCGGCGAGACGGAGUUGGAGAAGACGUUUGAAGAGAGGCAGACGAUGCAGCGUCAGGGAGUCAUCGACCACCGGCCCGAACUGAAGCCGAAGAUCGUCAAGGACGGCGAUACGGAGUGGCAGCAGACGGUGAAGAAGAAGAAGAGUGAAGAAUACUACAACAAGCUGCAGGAGCUGGAGAACGAGCAGAUUGUGAAGGAGAGCCGCAACCGCGAGGGUGCGCAUCAGUUCGCAGCCGCCGCCCCCUCCGCGCCCACCGCCGCGCGCGCCAUGGCACAGCAGUACCAAGAACACCUGGAGCAAAGCGAGGAAGUCGUCGACAAGCAAACACAAAAGAGGAUCAUUCAAAAACCGAAGAUUCCCGAUCCUUCGGAAUCCACAGUCCACGGCAAGGAAGUGCACGUCGCUAAACAGAAGCAGACCCAGAAGGAGGUGCACGGAGAUACAGAGAUAACGCGCAAGAUCACUUCCACCGAGACCACUGAGGUGGAGCACAAGGCACAGACGCAGGAGCGCGUGGUGGAGGGCCCCGUGAAGCCAAGCAACCCGCCCGUGUUCACCAAGAAGAUGCAGCCAUGCCGCGUGUUUGAGCACGAGCAAGCGAGGUUUGAGGUCGAGUUCGACGGCGAUCCGCUGCCAACCGUCAAAUGGUACCGCGAAAACUUCCCCAUCAAGAACUCUCCGGACUUCCAGAUCCACACUUUCAGCACUAAGUCUAUCCUCAUAAUCAGAAGAGUAUUCGUAGAAGAUUCAGCCGUGUUCGCCGCAGUGGCUGAGAAUCGCGGAGGCACCGCCAAGUGCAGCGCCAACCUCGUGGUGGAGGAGCGACGGCGGCAGGGACGCGGGGGAGUCACCCCACCCAGUUUCACGCUGACGGCGCAGAGCGUGGACGUCGCAGCGGGACAGCUAGUUCGCUUUGACACUAAAGUGACGGGCACGAAGCCCAUCGACGUAUACUGGUUGAAGAACGGCAAGAAAGUCCAACCUGAUAUCAAAAACAAGAUCUUAGAAGAAGACGGCGUCCACACUCUGCUCAUCCUGGAGGCGUACCCGGCGGACUCGGGCAAGUACGAGUGCGUCGCGAUCAACGGCGCGGGCGAGGCGCGCUGCGACGCGGAGUGCUCGGUGAAGUCGCCGGCGCCGCGGCAGGUGUCGGAGCCGCGCAGCGAGGCCGCGGCGCCGCCCGCCGUGCUGGCGCCGCUCCGCGACCGCACCGUGGCCGAGGGGCAGGCCAUAGAGUUCGAGUGCAAGAUCUCCGGCAGACCCGCACCCUCCGUGCAGUGGUACAAGGGAGAGCGCCUCAUCAAGCCCUCCAAGUAUUUCCGCAUGUCGCGCACGGCCGACGAGUACGCGCUGCACAUCUCAGAGGCUUUCCCCGAGGACGAGGGUGAAUACCGCUGCGUGGCCACGAACCCAGCGGGACGCGUGGCUUCCAGCGCGCGGCUGACAGUGACGGCGGAAGCGCCCGCUGGCGCGCCCGCUCUCACGCCGCUACGUGACCUGGUCGUCUUCGAGGGCCAGCCCGCGCAGUUCAAGACCAAAGUCACCAGCAAACUGAAGGCGACCGUGCAAUGGCUCCGAGAAGAUGCGCUUAUACCCGAGACCCCCGAUUUUCAGAUGAUCCACGAGGGCGACAACGCCGUGCUGCUGAUCGGCAACACGUACGAAGAGGACUCGGGCACGUUCACUUGCCGCGCCACCAACGCCGCCGGACAGGCCGAGACCUCGGCCAAACUAGUCGUCAAAAGUAAGACAUAGACACAGGCAGCGAGCUCGCGUCGCGCACUCUUAAUCCAUUAACGUAGCGUCUCUGAUAGUUUCUGUACUCAGUGAGAUCGGGUGAAAACUACUACAGGCGACAACACGCGACACGCGACACGCGACACCUAUCGUAGCGGUUCCGCAGUAAAGUCACCCAUCGCGAGCGCGAUGACGUCACCGGCGCGCACGCCCGCUGACGUCAUCGCGCUCGCCACUCAACCCGACGGUGCGACUCGACACACGCUUCUUCCUCAAUACUCUCACACAACUCAUAAUGUGAACUGUCUUCCGACUUCUCGAUAGCUUCUGUCUGUAUUCUUCUUCAGUCUAGUAUACUUCAUCUUUCUCACUAGUGUCGCGCAUCGGCCUCCCGACUCGGGUUGAACGCAUUCGAGUGAUGUCCGACCGCAGCUUUUGUAACAAACAUCCUCGCGAUCUGCGCUGUAACAGAACUGGCCAACUUUUGUCGUUUGAGAUGAAAUCACUCCACUGUAUAUAAUGUUUUAGAUAAUUAAUAAACUAGCCGACUCGAAGCAGCGGAAAGUCUCGACGGGUCUACGCUGCGGUGACUUCGCUGUACAUUGAGCUUUUUGUGUACAUAGUGCAGGCGAGGCGCCGGUGGCUGCGGGCGCUGGACACGGAACAUGUGAUUAACACGAGACACGAAUAUUCGUCGACUGUUUUGUUUCGCUUUACCGCUACGAUGUUUACUAAACGUAUCCGAACAAUGUCGAGUAGACCAUAUUGCGUGAUACAUGACGCGACGAGUCGUCAAAUGUAUUUUUCACCCAAUACUCUCUCGUGAUGUGAGCCUGCGCUGAGACUUUACGAUUCACUUGGCCUUAUUAACCCUGAAACAUAUUGACUGCGUGCUUUUUGUGUUCUGUUGAGCUCCGCGUGCCGUCUGCGGGCACACCGGGCCCGCCUCGCUUUGUCCUUGAGCAUGAUCCGUAGUGGGCGCGUGUUUGCUCCAUGUCUCCUAACCGCUGACACUAACAGUCGGUGCGACGUCCGCGUAGGCCGGGUCGUGUCGCGUCGCGUCGCGUCGAAGUCCCUUGUCGCCGUCGCCGCGAUCUCGCCGAAGUACGCACGCACUUAUACUUGCCUUGCCAGUUUCUAUGUUUUCGAGUAUGUUCCGACACUGCCGACGUUCAUUACCUUGUAUAAAUUUCUGCAAGUACAAAUCCAAAUGAAUGAGAUUUUUAUAGUUUAACUUUACGAUGAUCUUUAACUUUGAUUUAAGUGCACGAUAUUGUUAAAAAUGUUUUAUACCUACGUUUCACCUGAUUGUAUUAAGUUAUUAGUCGUCACAGUAUUUUAUUAAUUAAUAUUUUAGUGCAUCUCUAUCCAUAUUUAUUAUUAAUAAAUUUAUAAUUUUUGUAUGUGACCUUCAUGUGACAUUUAAUUUUAAUAAAUGCUAUCAAAAGAAUAA